CGGAAACGGAACCUCUGUUGGAGGUGGUAAAGCUUUGUUGAGUAACUUUAGUUCUUUGCAUUUUGCCCUUUAAUUCACGUAACAUAUUUAUGUUAUGCUCUUAACAUUGAAAAUAAGGAGGAGCAUUUUUACAUCCUGAGAAUAUGGAGAAGGAGAGCCGACAAAAAGGGAUGGAUUCCCCUCGGGAGAAAAAAAUUAAAUUAAAGCAGGAGAAACGCAGCCCCGGCGACAGGCCUCAGAGACCUCGACGCUCGAGUUCCGCCUCCAGCCGGAGCAGCUCCAGUCCUGUGCCUCAUCGAAGACGAGCGAGCAGUAGGUUCAAGAGAAGGGAACAUUCAUCAGGCAGAAGAGACAGUCGGUCCCCCAGACGCAGAAGAAGCCGAAGUCCACUGCGGAACACUGAUGUUAAAAUAAAGCGGGAACAGGAAGAUUACCGUGGUAAUGAAGAGAGAAGGCAUCGUAAUCGUUGGGAGACAGGGGAUGAACAUCGGGGUGGGCAAGAAGCUGAGCGAUCCAGACAUAGAGAGCGAGGAGGUGGUGGUGAGAGAGGGGAGGAGAGGAAGGACAGCGAUGCUCGUGCCUUCCAGCAGCAACAGGCAGAGCGUGAGCAAUAUGACGAGCGCCGGCGAGAGAACCGGCACAACACAGAGGCACGUGGCCAGGGAACUGAGGCCUCUACCUUUGGAGUACCACUGGGUGAAGACCAGACCACCAAGUCUGCUGCACCUCAAAAGGAGCAGCCCAAUUUUGAACUGUCAGGGGCCCUUGUGGAGGAUACCAAUACCUUCCGAGGCGUGGUGAUCAAGUACAACGAGCCACCUGAGGCCCGUAUACCCAAACGUAGGUGGCGACUCUACCCCUUCAAGAAUGACGAAGCGCUGCCAGUUAUGUACAUUCACAGGCAGAGUGCUUACCUACUGGGCCGGCAGAGGAAGAUUGCUGACAUCCCUAUUGACCAUCCCUCCUGCUCCAAGCAACAUGCUGUGUUUCAGUAUAGGUUGGUGGAAUUUACACGCUCAGACGGCACCACUGGACGGAAGGUGAAACCAUACAUCAUCGACCUAGGAUCUGGGAAUGGCACAUACCUGAACAAUCAGCGCAUUGAGCCACAGCGGUACUAUGAGCUCAAGGAGAAGGAUGUGCUCAAGUUUGGCUUCAGUAGCCGUGAGUAUGUUUUGUUGCACGAGUUUUCUGACACAACGGAAGUAGAUGCCAAGCAGCAGGAAGAGGAUGAUGAGGGACUGGAUGAAUGAAGAGCAGCACUGCUUCUGAUGGUAUCUGUAAAAUUGAUGUAAUUUCAAGUGCCCAAAGACCAUCUAAACAAACCUAGAGACUAAUGCUGAAAAGGAAUGGAUGAAGCAGGCUUCAGGGCAAGUGGUACAAACAGAGCACCACAAAUUUUGAGAAAAAUCUGCUUAUGGUCCAUUUCUGCAAGAGGAUGUAUUUUUAUUCUCAGGUCAUUGUAAAAGUAUGGUGGUUCACAGUUUAACUGUGUGCUGUGAUAUUGUCCAUCCCAUUGUCAUGAACAUAAAUAGGCAAUGCCAUUGAGUUACAGAAACUUCUCACAGAAUGCUUGAAUAAAGUUGAACUAUUACUGGCUAAUAUGUCCUGAUUGGUUACUUUAAGUACACAUGAGGCAUUACUCCACCCUUAAUAUUUUUCCCCUUUUUAUAUGUACUAUACCAUGAAGGUGGUUCAUCAGUGACAUUUUGGGGAGUAGUUGCAGAAAGAAAAAUAAAAACCAGGAUUUUUAUGUGUUUUGUUUAUUUGUUGUUGCUUUUCUUUUUGUAAACCUGCGUGUAAAAUAAACUUGCUUUAUAUAGUAGCUUAUAUAUAACAGUAUAUAUUUUUGGAAAUCACAAUUGUUCAAGUGUCUGGGGUAUCCAACCUUCUCUGCAAAUAUUUCCCUUACAAAAAGCAUUUAUACAGCUUUUGAAAGUCAGCAUAAAUAUUUGUUUCAGUUCUUUUCUAUUGUAAAUAAAUGUGAACCCUGAAUUCUUCAGAUUACGUGUCCUACCGUUUGUCUGAAAUUCA